CUAACGCAAACCCCGACCAGCGACUGCGCGUAUAAAAAGCGCACGUGAAGCAGUCCACACACAACAGCGAUCAGCGCGCGCCACUUCUGAGCUCGAGGACUUCGGCUUCAAUUAAAACUCAAUCAGAGCCUUGAUCUCAAACCUACAGCUUCAUCUCAACACCAACAAUGAGUGUCGUAUUGAAGUCGUGGACCGUCGUCUUCUCCCUGCUCCUGUGCGUUCUCCUGUAUCUCAGCACCAUGGUGGACGCCUAUCCGCCCAAACCGGAGAAUCCCGGAGAGGAUGCGGCGCCCGAGGAGCUCGCCAAAUACUACACGGCUCUCAGACAUUACAUCAACCUCAUCACCCGGCAAAGGUAUGGGAAGAGGUCGACUCAGGAGGGAAGUCUGGCAGACUUGCUGUUCGGAGACAGCAAUGAGCACAACCAGCGAUCAAGGUAUGACGAGUCGUACAUGUGGUGAUGCUCUCUGCUGCCCCCUGUUGGACUUUUGUGCCUCCCACUCCAGACCCUGUACCCUGCCCCUGUCCAGCCAUCGGUCUUCUCCUUCCACAUUUCUCUCAUUUUCAUCCAACUGUACAUAAUUUAUUACUAGACAGAGAAACCAUGUCUCUGGAAACAUCACUGUGUCUUACGGAGGAUUUAUUGUUGCUGUUUGUACAUAUUAAUGACUGUGAUUAAAGGUUUACAUGAUGAUACGUGA